AACGGAGGGCGGCGCGGAAGCGGGCGGUUAGUCUGCGGGGUCGCCACAGGGGGAAGACGUGUUCGCCGCUCCUGCCGCCGCUGUUGCUGCUGCCCGCCAUGGCCCACAAGCAGAUCUACUAUUCCGACAAGUACUUUGAUGAGCAGUACGAGUACCGACAUGUGAUGCUGCCAAGAGAACUUUCAAAACAAGUGCCAAAAUCCCACCUAAUGUCUGAAGAGGAGUGGAGACGGCUUGGUGUUCAGCAGAGUCUUGGCUGGGUUCACUACAUGAUCCACGAGCCAGAACCGCAUAUUCUUCUCUUCAGAAGACCUCUUCCAAAGGAUAAGCAGAAAUGAACCACUUUCUAUAACUCUUCUGAUCUAUGUAUAUGAGUGUAUAUAUGUUGGUAGUAUUCAGUGAAUACUUUAAAAUGUACAAAACCUACAUCCAUACCUGUGCAUGAGCUGUAUUAUUCACAGCAACAAAGCUCAGUCAAAUGCAAUUCCAAGGAGGCUGCUAGGGUGUUCAAAGAGUGAUGAACUUAUCUUUAUACUGUUGGUGUAAGUGCCUACCUGACUUUUCAAUUAAUUUUAUUAGAGUUUACUUAUUCCAUAUUCUGACUGCAUAAUCAUUUCUUACCUGUGUUCAAUAAUUUUUGCACUCAACUUUUCUCCUGAAUUCAAUGGCUCACCUGUUUUAUAGUAGGCAUAAAUAAAUAAACUGGUUUUAGUGAUA